AAUUUAAAAGGAAACCGCCUUAAUCGAAAUCCAAAUUAAUUAAUUACAUAUAUACAUAUGUACUUCCGAAUGGAAUCGUCCUUACAAACCUAAAACCCUCUAUUUUUUUCCCUCUUUCAAAACACCAAAACCCCCCUCUCCCCCUAAACAUCUUCUCAUUCUUACUUUCGUUUUAAAUUCUUCCUUUGAUUUUAAAUUUUUCGAAACUUUUCCUCGUUGUUGCUUCGCAUAGAUCUUUCAUAUAUGGACAAGCAUCAGGACGACCAAGAUCGCAUCGUCUCCACUGGAGAGAGACCUGUUAAGUCAGAUAUGGUGAAAGACCAGCCAGUUUCUUCCGAAGAUGAAAGAAUAGUUUCAGUGAAUCCUUCUCCUGCUGCAGUCAUCACAGGACCUUCAAGUGAUGCUACAGAACAACCCAAGUCUUCAGAUGUUGGUGGAGAACGUAGCACCCCCCAUGCGCUUAAUUUGUAUGCAUCUCAAGAACAGAGCAUUUCAUAUGGCGGUUAUGGCAGUAACACUGGUACUUGGGAUGGAUAUUCACAGUAUCUUAAUGCUGAUGGAAUGCAUGUUGUAUCACCAGUCAUUUACAACGAUAAUCCAUCUCUUCUGUUUCACUCUGGUUAUGGCUUCAAUCCUGAAAUUGCAUAUGGACAAUAUUCACCAGUCGCUACACCUUUGCCUUCUGUAAUGGUAGAUGGCCAACUUUACUCCACACAACAGGUCCCUUUCUCUCCAUCUUAUUACCCUCAGCCAUCUCCUCCAAGUAUGUCUCAUAUUUCUUCAGCUAUUCCAGUUUCACCAACUGAGCUGAUGACAUCAGAAAGUAAUAGCACUGACAACAUGGCCUUUGGGCCAGGAUCAGGUUACUUGGUAAAUUUUAGAUCAUUUAGUGGAGGAGAUCCGUCUGGACAUCUUGGUUCAAGUGCUUUAGCAUCUCCAGCAAUUUAUCCUCCACCAAUGGGCAUUCUUGGGUCAUAUGAACACAGUGUUGGGCAGAUUUCUCAUCAACAGAGGCCGGUGCAUGGAUUUGGAUUGAUAUCAAGUUCAUAUACUGGACGCUAUCCUCAUGGUAGUUCUUAUCAAAGCUCUAACUUUGGUGAUGCUUCCCUUUCUUAUUCUUUUGGUAAUGAUCGGAACCGACUAACUGUUGACAAGAGCAGAAGAAGAGAGAGGGACUGGGACUCAAUUUGUGUUUUCAAUAGUUCACAUGAUGGCUUCAAUGACCGUAAUCGAGGACCAAGGGCUUCAAAGCUGAAGGGAAAGAAUGCUUCCGACCAGAGUUCAUUUAGUGCUAAGAAAAUGGGACUUUCUGCUUCCGGAAUUAACCUUGAUUCAUUUAACCGGCUGGAUUUUGUCACGGAUUAUGAGGAUGCAAAGUUCUUUAUCAUUAAGUCUUUCAGUGAGGACAAUGUUCAUAAAAGUAUUAAAUACAGUGUUUGGGCCAGCACGCCCCAUGGAAACAAGAAACUUGAUGCUGCUUAUCAUGAGGCACAGAGGAUAAAAGGCAGCUGCCCGGUCUUCUUAUUCUUUUCGGUUAAUGCUAGUGGACAGUUUUGCGGGGUAGCCGAAAUGGUUGGAUCUGUAGAUUUUGAGAAGGAUGCUGAUUACUGGCAGCAAGAUAGGUGGAGUGGGCAAUUUCCAGUUCAUUGGCAUAUUAUUAAGGAUGUUCCUAACAUUCGUUUUCGUCACAUUCUACUUGAAAAUAAUGAUAAUAAGCCUGUCACUCACAGCCGAGAUUGUCAGGAGGUGAAUCUGAAACAGGGUAUUGAGCUGUUGAAAAUUUUCAGCGAUUAUGAUGCACGGACAUCUAUUAUAGAUGAUUUCGAAUUUUAUGAUGAGCGGGAAAAAUCCUUGAAGGAAAGGAAAGUUAGACAACAAGCUUGUUCGACUACAGAUGCUUCUGAUUCACUUGCUGUUGAUUCUGUUCGGGAAAUCUCUAAUAGUUUUGAUGAAGCCCUGAAGUUGAAAGGAAAUAGUAGUGAAGAAGUCUCAGGAACUGAGCUUAACAUUAGCUCAAAAACAGAUGCUUCAGCUAUAUUUGAACAUGAUUCUGUAGACCAAAUAUCUGAUAGCUUAUCUCAAGUAUUGCAGUUGGAAAAGGGUGAUAAAGAAAUAGUAGGACAAUCUGAAAGAAGUGGUGGACACCACAGCGAGUCUGUUGACAAGAAGGCGGCAACAGUUGUAUCAACUGGAAGUGCUUAGGCAUUUUAGAUGCAUGUGGUGACAGCACUCUACUGUACCUUUGUGAUUUUAUGAAUUGCUCACUAACUGACGAAGUUUGAGGUGGUAAUUUGGUCAUCUCGAGCAGUCAGGCUCCAAGCUGACUCCGUAAUUUUCCUGUAUCUUUUGUAUUUUUUUUUUUCAUGGUAAAUCGUUCAGAGUCAUUAGGUGUUGGUACCUCCAGGCAUGCUGGGCAGGAAGGCUGUUUGGUGACACCCAUUUUGUAUUGAAGUAUUUUUUUUCCUCUGUUUUUUCUUUUUCAUUGUUUUGUUUCAGAGUAGAUGGUUUUUGGCGAUGUGGAAGUAGUUGGAUGAAUGCAGGUUGUGGUGGGGUGUCUGUAUACUAUGUCUGAUGCCUUAGCGGUUGU